AUGAGUGCCAGUGAUUCAGAACAGGUUACAUCCCAGGCAGAAACUCACGUAGAUGAAGUACCCAAUGACAAUGGAUCAGAAGAUUCUGUCGUAGAAAAAACGAACAAGACGACUGAAACAGACGCAAACACAUCAUUAGACGACUCAAAGACAGAUGAACCAGCAAAGCACGAAAUUAAACAAGAAAAAAAGGAGACAAAAGGAAAAGGGACUGACAAAGCCGAAAAGAAGAUUCAUCCUAGUAAGGCUGAUAUUGCAAAGGCCUGGACGGCUGCAUGGGAUCAGAACUCCCAAUCAUACUACUGGUGGAAUACGUUAACGUACGAGACAACAUGGGAAAAUCCAUUGGGAGAUGGCAGCAAGGCAGAUUCUGAGCAGACAGAAGAUUAUUCAUUGUAUUACUAUGGAUAUCCAGCUGUAGAGUCCUCUCAGACUGCUACGCGCCCAGACCAUGUUUCAGACAACCCGCUCGACUCCUUGCUGGACAAGAUUGACACGCAGGUUCGAAGCACAUUUGAUGAUACAGUCGAACAAUCACCAGCUGAGAAAACUCAGACACCUUAUUCAUCGUAUUUCGGGACAGAGGAUCAAUAUAAGUUCCAGGCUGUUUUUAAUGCAAAAACCGGCAAGUUUCAAACGUCAGAAGAAGUUGAACGUCUCCACCCCGACAGGAUGACAAUCGAAAGUCGUGCAAAGAGACAGAUGCAAUACUAUUUUGACGUAGAUGCAUAUAUGGAUGAGCGAAACAGAGAGAGAGCAGCUGGUGCUGGCCAAAAACGUCCAUUAACUAAGAAGGACCUUGAUCGCUUCAAGAAAGCAAAGAUGGAAAAGAAAAUGAAGCGGGCAAGGGACUGGCUGUGCGAUUAG